AUGCAAUUAGAAGUGAUUUUGAGCACAGGAGAUCGAAUGUUGCCUUCGCGGACUCUUGAUGAAUUUGAUGUUCAGGUUGAUAGUCUCCAGUGCAACAGCAUGAAGUUCUGCCGAGAGAGAAUUGGCAGCGCUCCGUGCUCAGGCUUCGGACUCAGCUCAGUUGGUAGCGGCACCAACAAAGUAAACGCUCUCGCUCAAUGUCGAGGCGACUUGAACAGCACGGAGUGCAGCACGUGCAUCACCACAGCACUCGCCCGUGUCCAAAACUACUGUCCAUUCAAGAAAAACGCCACCAUCUGGCACGGCAAAUGCUUCCUUCGUUACUCAGAAAGUGAUUUCUUUGGCGAAAUCGACGAGGAAGUAAAGUUUAAGAUUUGGAGUAUAAUUCAGAAUGAAACCUUGCCAUCAGAGUUCAGCAUGCAGGUUGUGGAGAUGAUGAGCUCUUUGAGGGAGACGGUUCGUGUACCGUUGUUCUUUGCUUCGAAAGUCAUGGAGGUUGUGUUGCCAGAGAAGAAGCUGUACGGAUUGGCUCAGUGUAAUAGAGAUCUUUCGAGUGAGGAUUGCGACGAUUGCUUGGGGAUUCUCAUUGCCGCGCUGCCUAAUGCGACGAGAGGAGCGUCAGUUGAGAACUGGACUUGUAACGUAAGAUACGAAUUGUACCCUUUCUUUAGGGUAUAGAAUAUGAUUUCGGAUGCAGAUGGACAGGCCGAUAAAUAAAGCUGUUGUUGACUGUAGAAACAACAGGUGAUC